AUGGCAGAACAGAAUAAGAAAGACAGCAGGAAGUUCGUGAAGAUCUUCAAGGUCUUCAAUGACCCCAUCCAUGGUCACAUUCAGUUGCAUCCUCUGCUGGUGAAGAUCAUCGAUACUCCACACUUUCAGCGCUUAAGAAACAUCAAACAACUUGGAGGAGGUUAUUAUGUCUUUCCAGGGGCUUCCCACAACCGCUUUGAACACUCCAUUGGUGUGGCACAUUUAGCAGGGAAGCUUGUAAAAAAUCUGCAUGAUUCCCAAAAGAAAGAAAGAACAAAUGAAGAGAAAGAGAAAGAGGAGAAAGAGGAACUCUGUGUGCAGAUUGCAGGAUUGUGUCAUGACCUGGGCCAUGGGCCAUUCUCUCAUUUAUUUGAGGAAUUUAUGAAGAAAAAGGAUCCAAACUGGAAGCAUGAAGAGCAAGGAAUCACAAUGUUUGAAGACCUGAUAAAAGACGAAGAAGUUGAUAAGGAAAUGGAAGAAUGCAAAAUUGAACCCCAGGAUAUAAAAUUCAUCAAGGACCUGAUCCGUGGCAUAACAGCUUCUGAGGAAAACAUCAAAGUGUUUGAAGAACUGAUAUACAGGGAAGCAAUGACAGAAUAUAAAAUUGAAUCUCGUCACAUUGAAAUCAUCAAGAAGCUGAUCCGUGGCAAGAAAGAUCCUGAGAAUGUAAAUGAAGAAAUCAAACAGCUUGAUGACCUGUUAAAAGACAAAUGCACUAAGGCAGCAGGAAAUUAUGAAUUGAAAUCUGAGCAUAUUAAAACCAUUAAGGAGCUGUUCCAUGACAAGACAGACUCUGAGCACAAGUCUUUCCUGUACGAGAUUGUGAACAAUGCCAAAACUGGCAUUGAUGUGGACAAAAUGGAUUAUUUCAGUCGAGACUGUCACCAUCUGGGUAUGACAUCCAACUUCUCCCACGAACGUUACAUGGUGUUUGCACGGGUUUGCACUAAUGAUGAUGGAGCCGAGCACAUCUGCAUGAGAGACAAGGAAGCAUUAAACAUGUACGAGCUCUUUCAUGUUCGGAACCUGCUUCACCACACUGCCUACCAGCACAAGGUUAAAUGGGCAGUUGAAAUCAUGAUAUUUGAUGCACUCAAAGAGGCUAAUAAACACAUUAAACUGGGGGGGAAAAACCUCGCCAUUUCUGAAGCAGCAGGAGAUCCCAAAACCUACCUGCAACUCACAGAUGACAUUCUUCAUCAGAUCCGAUGGAGUUCAGACGACAAGCUCAAAACAGCACAGGAAAUAAUUGAGAGAAUUGAAAUGCGCAGAUUGUACAGGUACAUUGAUGGGAGAACAUUUGAGCCUGACAAAGUGAAACCCCUGAAUGAUAAUAAAAAGUUGGAGAAAAAGCUGAAAACCUGGGUGGACACAAUCAAGAGACAACCUAGUGACCAUCAGCUCUCUGCAGAAGACUUUAUAGUCAAGCUUGCAAAAUUCAAUUAUGGGAUGAAAGACAAGAACCCAGUUGAUUCUCUGCGAUUCUACACCAAAGAUGAUCCACACAAACCAAUCACACUGUCCAAAGAUGAGGUCUCAUACUUCCUGCCUAAGAGAUUUUCCGAAACCAAAGUCAUGCUUUUCUACAAGGGAGAAAAAAAAGAUGUUGAAAAAUUGGCCAAAGAGAAAAUUGAAGCAUUUUGGGAAGAAGUGAAAAAAACAGAUCAACUGCGCCUGCCUCCUGACCCUUCUGUACUUUAUGGACUCUGCCUAGACGUGUUGAACCUGGACUGGACCAAUGGCAAGCUGGAUAAUGUUCUCCCAGUCCCUGGACUGAGGAGUGCUGGCUUGGUGAUUAAUGCUCAGAGCCUGAGUAGCCGGCUCUGUGUUGUUAACAAACCCCCUCACAGUUUGAUCCUCUGUUAUCUGAGUCUUGACUAUCGUUACAGUAGACUGUUCAAUAUUGACUAA